CAGUAAAUACGUAGUGUUAUCAUUCAAUUCUCCUUUCAUUGUCUUAAGUGUUGUCUUGGCUGUCCUUCCAUCCUAGGCAUCUAUCCCCGCUAUCCCAUCCCAUCUGUAUUAACUAAUCUCAUUAGGUUAUUAGGUGGUGGCGGUCUGGGGAAAAUAACAACAAUACAAAAUUACACUUUUCGUUACAUCUAUAGAUACAUACAGCUGAGUAGCUACACAAAAGCAUCAGAGUGAGCUACAUAUGCCGUGCAGAAGGGAAGUUAAGUAACCUAGCUAAAAUUGCAAUCUGCAGGCUUAGACUAUGUCGAUACAUACUGUAGUUAGUUAUCAUGUGAAAGGGGUCAUAGUCUAGCCUCUGCUCUUCUCCUCUCCUCACACCCCCGAGAUCGUCGUCAUAGCUCGAGAGGGGAAGAGACGAGAGGGGCAAGCAAGCAGCUAACUAGUUGAUAUUAAUUAAUAUGUACUCCGUAGUAUUAGGUCCGUGUGUAUGUCUGCCUACUGUGGUCCUCUUCACUGCUUGCCUAGAAGGAAUUGACAAGAAUCAGUAUCAAGUAGAAAGAAAGUAUAGCAUGUAUGGCAUGGUUACGACAAUUGCACCACCAUCACCCUGCAUCCCAUAGUGUGUAAAAACCAACUAAUCGAAGAAAAAGAAAUCCUUAUCUCAAACCUACCAUCAUGCUACCUUCCUCCGGCCCCAAGCUUUUUCACCACCUACACUAGUACCUCACUAAGGUGAACUAGGACCUGAGGGAAGGGAGGAGCGCACCACUUGGCAAUGGUCAAUCCUCAUUAAUAUUUUACCGGUUUAGGGAAAUCAUCAUUGAAGCUAUAGAAGACACUAUCUUAGAGCUUGGACUGGCCACUGGGC